AUGUUACAAAAUCGGCUUGCUAAAGGAACCUUCUUUCUUUCUUUCGUUAUUUCUUCCGUUCGUUUUUUCUUUCGUUCCUUCUUUCUUUCCCUUUCUUUAUUUUCCUUUCUUUCAUUAUGUUUCUUUCUUGCUUGCUUUUCUUUUCUUUUCCUUUCUUUCUUUCUUUCUUUCUUUCUUUCUUUCUUUCUUGUUUUUCUUUCUUGUUUGUUUGUUUCUUUCUUUCUAUAUUUCCUUUUCUUUCUUUCUUCCAUUCUUUCUUUCUUUGUUUCUUGUUUGUUCUUUCUUUCUUUCUUUCUUUCUUUCUUUCUUUCUUGUUUGUUUGGUUGCGUGUUUGUUUCUUUUCCUUUCUUUUUUAUCUUUCUUUUUUCUUUAUCUUUCUUUCUUUUCCUUUCUUUUCCGUUCUUUCUUAUUUCUUUCGUUCUUUCUUGUUUGUUUGUUUGUUUGUUUCUUUCUUUAUUUCCUUUUCUUUGUUCCAUUCUUUCUUUCUUUCUUUCUUUCUUUCUUUUUCUUUCUUCCAUUCUUUCUUUUUCUUUCUUUCUUCCAUUCUUUCUUUCUUUCUUUUCUCGACCUUUUCAUUUUUGCUUUUGUUUUUCUACUUCGAACGUCGUUACUUUUGACACGUUCCCUUUUCGAAUCCUUACACCAUCCGACAAAGCAAAACAUCCUACUGUGUGCGUACGCACCAUCUGA